CUUAAGUCUGUUGGUAAGUACGCUUAGAAAAAUGUCUCUUUUAAUCAUCCUUCUAAUCAUUCCCGCUUGCAAAUUCACCAUUAUAACCGGAAUUCACAUCAAAGCUCAUUUUAAUCCUUCAAAUAACUUAAAUUAUCCUCGCAUUCGAAUGGCUGAAACUCUUUCUUCUCUUCAACAAUUUACUAUAUGUUCUUGGUUGAAACCUUACUCGAUGAAUAAUGAUAUGUUGACUGUAAUAUCAUAUGCCACAUUGAAAAGUGAUAAUCAGAUAGUUAUCACUCUCAAUAAAUAUCAUUCUGGUCGAUUAAUAAGAUUUCAUAUUGGUGAUCCUUAUAUAGAAUUUAAGUGUAAUUAUGAUUGGGUGCCGGGUCAGUGGUACUAUCUUUGUGCAUCCUGGUUUAGUGUUACUGCAACUGCCAAGGUUUAUCAAAAUGGACAACCUUGUACAUUUAUGAGAUCUCAUUUAAAUUAUUCAAAAACACCAUUGCCAUCGGGAGGAAUAUUAGUCAUUGGACAAGAACAAGACAAUUUCGAUUCGAAAUAUGAUGCAAAUCAAGCGUGGCAUGGUGACAUUGCAGAUGUUCAUAUCUGGGACGAAGAAUUGAGCCCAAAUCAAAUUCGUGAAGCAGGACAAUGUAAAGGAGGAAGAAAGGAAGGAAAUGUCUUUUCUUGGAUGAAGAGUAAAAUAAUUGUUACUGACAAUGUCGAAUUUUCAGAGACGGAACUUUGUUAUUCUUAACCUUAUUAAUUGGCAUUAGCCUAUAUUAAAAUAUUUUUACUGUAAUUUAAAAUAAGAUGUGGUAUUCUAUAUUAAAAAGAAUUGUAU